AUGGAGUCUGCACUGUCCCACAUCCGCGUCGACUUCGAGUCCAACUCGCAGCCAACCCUCCCUCAAGCCCCCGGCCGCGUCGUCUCGAGGACGUACCCUGCCGUCCCUCAGCAAGACGACACAAUUGAGCUAGAGCCCAUGAGCCCUCGUCAGAAUGACAGCAGCAAAUCGUUUCCCGCCACGCCACGCGAGGAAAGGGACCUCGGGAUGAGCGUACCCGGAACUCCUGCCGAGCCGGCUGACGACGGAGCAGUCGAAGCUCUUCCGAGCCUGAGCGAUCCGCCCAUGAACAAGUUCAGGCUGAUGACUUGCUGCACCCAGAACUUCCUGGGUGGCGUCACGGACUCGGCGCCUGGUGCUUUGAUUCCGUACAUGGAGACACAUUACAAUAUCGGCUACGCCAUAGUGUCUCUCAUCUUCAUCGGCAACGCGCUAGGCUUCAUUAUCGCCGCGCCCUUCGUCGACACGAUCCGGCAGCGUCUGGGCCGCGGCAAGACGAUGAUCCUCUCAGAGAGCUGCAAGGCCGUGGGUUACAUACCGCUCCUCUGCGCGGCGCCCUUCCCCGUCGUCGUCGUCGGCUACUUCUUCAUCGGCUUCGGCUUCGCGCUGAGCCUGGCCAUCGGCAACGUUUUUUGUGCUAACUUGCGUAACGGUACUACGAUGCUGGGCGCCAUGCACGGCAGCUACGGCCUGGGCGGCACCGUCGGCCCCCUGAUCGCCACGGGCAUCGUCUCGGCUGGCGCCAGCUGGAGCCGCUACUACAUCCUCACGCUCGGCUUUGCGGUGUUCAAUGCCGGCCUCGCGGGCUGGGCCUUCUGGAGCUACGAGAAGGAGAUCGGGGCCGCGGCCGCGUCCUCCACCCUCCUGGCGCAGACGACAUCGCGCGACGGCAACAGCGCGCAGCACGAGGUCUCGUCCAUGUUCACGGCCUUCAAGUCACGCGUCGUGCUGCUGGGCGCCAUCUUCAUCUUCGCAUAUCAAGGCGCCGAGGUGUCCAUCUCAGGCUGGGUGAUCUCAUUCCUGAUCGCGACGCGCAACGGCGACCCGACGGCGGUCGGGUACGUGACGUCCGGGUUCUGGGCGGGCAUCACGCUGGGGCGUUUCGCGCUCAGCCCGCUCGGCGCGCGCGUUGGCGAGCGGCGCUUCGUCUACGGCAUCACGGCCGGCGCCGGCGUGUUCCAGCUGCUUGUGUGGCUGGUGCCCAACAUCAUCGGGGAGGCCGUCUCGCUCUCCAUCGUGGGCUUGCUGCUCGGGCCCGUGUAUCCCUGCGCCGCAGCUGUUUUCACGCGCAAUUUGAGCCGCCGCGAGCAGGUCAGCGGGUUGGGUGUUAUCAGUGCCUUUGGGAGUUCCGGUGGUGCGGUCGCGCCGUUCACGACGGGUUUGUUGGCGCAGGCGGCGGGCACGUUUGUGCUGCAUCCAAUUGCGAUUGGGCUGUUUGGCCUGAUGGUUGUUUGCUGGUAUGGACAGCCGAAGCAGAGAAAGAGGACUGAGUGA